AUGGUCUUUACCAGUGUAGAAGGAGGGGGAGUACCAUCUGCUCCCUCAUCCUUCAGAAUCCAGCAGCGACAUCUUGAUAGUAUUUAUGUGGACUGGGAACUGCCAGCAGAACCCAAUGGAACCAUCACCGGGUACUCACUCAUGUACCAGACAGUGAAUGCCACCAGGGGAGAGGAGCAGAGAGUGGAGGAGUUCCUUCCGAAUGUUACAAGUUUCUCAGUACCCCGAUACGAUCGCUAUACUAGAUACCGAUUCUCUGUGGCGGCUAAAACUCGGCUGGGUCUGGGGCUAUGGCAUACAGAGGAGUCUCCACACUACACCACUGAGAUCUAUGCCCAGGACCAGGUGGACAUCUCUACUAAAGGCUGGUUCAUUGGAAUCAUGUGUGCAGUGGCCCUCAUCGUGCUCAUUCUACUGAUAGUGUGCUUCAUCAAAAGAAGCCGAGGCGGGAAAUAUCCAGUACGGGAAAGGAAAGAUAUUUCAUUGGAGCCCGUGGAUGAUCGAGAUCAAGACGGUUCCUUUGACUAUCGGAUAGCACGGGUCACCACUAUCCCCUACCCUCGAUGGGAAGAGGAAAGGGGGAUUCAGAAGAGUCAGCCAUCGAUGGAGGCUGUGAUGAAAAGGUCAGACAGCAACGACAGCCUGGUGGACUAUGGAGACGUAGGAGAUAUAAUGUUCAAUGAGGACGGCUCAUUCAUUGGCCAGUACACGGGGCAAAGGAGGGACGUGAGGGACUUGGACUUUGGUGGGAGUCUGGACCUCCAUUCUCCAAUGAAUGCCAUCUACUCCUUGGCGAACAAUCUUUUCUGCCAGAACAAGCAGAGAUUGAGGUGCUGUCUAAACAACUUUGAUGGUAGCAGGGAGUAA